AUGCCACUGCAAGAAGCACCCAGACCUCGAGGCCUCCGAGACGCCACAACCCAGCCGCUGCAACCACUGCCCCCUUCGUCGCGAGAGCUGGGAGAAGUCACCCCUCCAAAACAGCCAGAUGGGACACCGGUAGCUAAACAAGAUGUCAAGUCUGGAAAGUCGUGGGCGCAUUUUGUCGCCGGAGGCCUGGGUGGCAUGGCCUCAGCAACCUUGACAGCCCCGCUCGAUGUCCUCAAGACUCGGCUGCAAUCCACCUUCUACCAGCAGCAUCUUGCCGCAAUGCGCACCGCCCGCGGCCUGCCCCCCAUCGAGACCAUGUCCUUCGGCCGCAGCUCGCUACUGCACAUACGGGAAACUGGAGAGAUAUUAUGGCAGGUCCCAAAGGCAGAGGGGUGGCGAGCUCUCUUCAAAGGACUGGGACCAAAUCUCAUCGGAGUAGUCCCCGCACGCGCAAUCAACUUCUUUGCAUACGGAAACGGCAAGCGUCUGAUCAGCACACAUUUCAACAAUGGUCAAGAGGCAGCAUGGGUACAUCUGUGUAGUGCAGCAGCGGCUGGUAUCGUGACUGGGACCGCUACGAAUCCCAUCUGGCUGGUCAAGACACGACUGCAACUGGACAAAAACACACACUCGGAUGGCCGCGGGCGGCAAUACAAGAACGCAUUCGACUGCACCAUGCAGACCAUACGGAAGGAGGGUGUCCGUGGCUUAUAUCGCGGAUUGACUGCAAGCUACUUGGGCGUUACCGAGAGCACAUUACAGUGGAUGCUUUACGAGCAAAUGAAGCUGUCAUUAGCACGGAGAGAAGAGCGCGUCAUUGCUAGUGGCAGACCGCCAACCGUGUGGGACCAGACUGUAGCAUGGACUGGCAAGCUGACUGCCGCUGGAUCUGCCAAAUUUGUCGCAGCGCUCAUCACAUAUCCCCAUGAGGUUGUGCGAACGCGUCUGCGGCAAGCACCAAUGGAAGAUGGCCGACAGAAGUACACUGGCCUCGUUCAGUGUUUUCGACUAAUAUGGAAGGAAGAGGGUAUGGCAGCACUCUACGGCGGUCUGGUUCCUCACAUGUUCCGUGUGGUACCUAGUGCCGCCAUCAUGUUUGGAACAUAUGAAGGUGUGCUCAAGUUCCUCGGAGAGAGCAGUAACAUGUGA